AUGCUCGCACCUACCAAUAGAUUAGUCGACUUAAAUAAUGACCUCAUUCUUUCCUCUUUUAAUAGCGAAGCCAAGGACUAUUAUUCAGUUGAUAAAUGUCUUACUGAUAACCCAUUAGAUCCUUACGCAGCCCACCAAGACGUAUCUCAUCUUAAUAAUGAAACCCCAAAAGGAUUUCCAGCCCAUCAUUUACACCUCAAAGUAGGUGCAAUCAUUGUACUUCUAAGAAACCUAAACACUAACAAAGGCUUGUGUAACGGCACCCGACUUAUUGUUAAAAAACUUACCACUAAUUUAAUUGAAGCCGAAACAAUUAGCUUAUCUUCAAACCAAGGAGUUAUUGUUGGUAUUUCCCGUGCCCAACACACUUAUAAAGAUCUACGCCCCGAUGGAAUUAGCUUUGAACGCUUCCAAUUCCCCGUUCGAAUUGCCUUUACUAUGACUAUUACCAAAGCCCAAGGCCAGACCUGUGAGCGACUUGGAGCCGAUUUGUCCGAAGAACCUUUUGCUCACGGCCAACUCUACACCCUCCUGUCCCGUUGUACAAAUAGUACAAAUAUCCGUAUAUUUGCCCCUGAAAAAGAAACAGAUUCAGAUGGCAAUGUCCUUAUCAAAAACGUUGUUACCCACGGAAUCCAAUUUGAUUAAAUGCUUUCUUUCAAUUAGUCUAAUUUUUUUGAUGCUACCCUCACGUUUUAUAAGCACAUACCACUUUCCUUUUUUGGCGAUGAUUCCCCUUUUAGCUUAAGGGACGUUCCGCCUAUUUAUUUUUUGGCGAUGAUUCCCCUUUAUAUUAAGGGACGUUCCGCCUUCUUAUUUUAUAGCGAUGAUUC